UGACCAGUGUGGUCAUUCCACUGUGCAUCCUGCUAAAUGAUAUGUCAUUCUGACAUGUUAUUGAAUGUAUAUUAAUUGUGUAGGUAUUUUUAAAAUUUAGAUUUUCGGAUUCUUUAUACAAAUAUGGCAUCGAAAAAAUGGGAUGAUGAUUACGAUCCACAUAAAGAGAGAAAAAAUGAAAAUGGCUUAACACAUAGUGAAGGUAUUACCAAUGUAAUUAAAGGCUGUUUAGGAACAGGCCUACUAGCAUUACCUGAAGCCUUCCAUUAUGCUGGGACCAUUAAUGGAAUAGUUAUGUUCAUUAUCAUCUCUAUAUUUGGUACCUACUGCUUUCAUCUCAUGCUAUAUUCGACGUAUUUACUUUGCAAGAUCAAAAAGGUGGGGUUCCUUAGCUAUGCUAAUGCGAUGGAAGCUGCAUUUGAGGUUGGACCAAAUUUCUUUAAAAAAAUGGUACCAUGUUCAGCGGUUAUGGUGCACAUCGUCAUGAUGUUAUACCAGACUGGAACAAUGUGCGUCUACAUAUUAUUCAUGGGAUAUAAUAUCAAGAUGGUAUGCGACCAAUAUUUUCCCGAAAAACAUCUUCUGUUAUACAUAUUGUAUACUUUUCCUGCGUCCCUGUUACUGACUUUCAUACCGAACAUGAAAUGGUUUACGCCGCUCGCAAUUUUUGCAAACAUCGUGAGUUUUGUGACAUUCGCAGUGAUUUUCUGGUACGUUACUCGAGACUUGCCUCCUUUCAGUUCCGAGCCAUAUGUCGGACACUUGAAAGAUUUUCCUUUGUUUUUUGGGACGAGCCUUUUUGCGCUGCUCUCUGUGCCAAUCAUUCUCAGCGUAGAAAACAAUAUGGCAGAUCCUGCGUAUUUCGUCGCCCCUGUAGGCGCCUUAAAUAUUGGAUUCGGCACAGUCACUGUUUUAUAUGCCAUAGUAGGCAUUUUGGGCUGUUGGAGGUAUGGGGAGAAAAUUCAUUCAUCAAUAACGCUAAAUUUUCCUGCAAACGACGUACUUUCUCAAACGAUAAGGUCAUUGUAUUCUGUUGCUAUAUGGAUCACAUAUGGUUUCAACGGUGUGGUACCACGAGAUGUUGUUUGGAUCAAUUACAUAGCCCCACGCCUAAAAGAGGAUAUCAGUGCUGUAAAAAAAUGGACAAUCGAUUAUACUCUACGAUUCAUAAUUGUAAUAAUAACUUAUAUAAUUUCAAUGGGCGUGCCAUUAUUGGGACCGGUUCUUUCCAUGACUGGUGGAGUUUGCCUGUCCCUGUUGGGUAUUUUGUUUCCUGCUUUCAUGGAAAUAUGCGCUUUGUGGCCAGACAACUUUGGUAAACGUAAAUGGAUUUUAUGGAAAGACUUUUUGAUAUGCUUGAUUGGAUUAGUGGGACUUGCCGUAAGCAUGUAUGCGUCAAUACGAGAUAUUAUAGAAGAAUUAAGCCAAAAUCCAUGUCUUAUAAGUGCUCUUCUAACUGUUGCCGCUGCUUCUCCACUACCUGAAGCAAAUGCGGAACCGAAAGCUGAUCCAAAACCAGAAGCAAACCCUCAGUUUUUAGCUGCCUACGGAGCGCCUGUAGUUGCUGCGCCUGGACUUGCCUACACCUCUGCCUAUUCAGCUGCUCCUCUAGCCUAUUCUAGCUACGUAGCACCACCAGUCUAUGCUGGAGCUUAUUCUUACUAUUCACCAUACUUGUUCUAGUUCGA